AUGUUUGUAGUUUUGGGAUUGUCAAUUAUGCUUCUUGAAUUGCUCACUGGUAGGAAAAAUCUUGAUAGUUGUCACCGAAAGGAAGAGAGGAAUUUAGUUAUGUGGAGUCGGCCUUUUCUGGCUGAUGAGUCUAGACUGUCCCUGAUUGUGGAUUCUCAGCUAAAGGGUCAUUUCCCUGCCAAAGCAGCACAGGCAGUGGCUGAUAUUGCUCAACGAUGUCUUCAAAUGGAUCCAUCCGAGAGUUCCACCAUGAGAACUAUUGUAGAGCAUCUCAAAACCGUAGAAGACGUAAAAUAUACCUCUCAGUUUCCAUUGCAAGAGCCAGGAGCGGUUACAUCAAAACAUAUGUUAAGGUCACCCAGCUUGAAUAGGAUCAUUACACCAGCUCCUAAGUCCAAAUUCUCUCCUUACUUCCAACAAGCAGAUUAUCUAUAUCGUCCACAAGGUUUGCUGUACUGCCGUUAUCUUUUGCUCCCAAAACAUGUUCGUCUACCCUCUCUGGGGAGGAUAUAG